AUGCCCGGGACAAUUCUUCGCUAUCUCGCGACGCCUAUUCUUAGGCAGUCAAUGCGACAACCAUUGGCCCGACCCUCGAUCUCACCCUUCCUGCCGACCUUCCAAACGGCCUUCCGACCAGCCAUCCGCUCCUUCUCCUCCACCCCCGUCCAGAAUGCCACGUUGAUGCAGGUGCUACGGGGCUGCCGAAAAGGAAAGAAGGCGAGACACGCGGUGUCUCCAGCCCUUGCCGAGCGAAAGUCCCCUUUCCAGAAGGGAGUCUGCCUCAAGGUCGGAAUCACGAGGCCCAAGAAGCCUAACUCGGGCGAGCGAAAAACGGCGCGUGUACGAUUGACGACGGGACGAGUGGUUACGGCUUACAUUCCCGGUGAGGGCCACAACAUUCAGCAGCACAGCGUUGUGCUCGUGCGUGGUGGACGCAGUCAGGAUUGUCCCGGUGUGAGGUACCACUUGGUUCGUGGCGCGCUCGAUUUGGGAGGUGUUACUGGACGGUCGACGAGUCGAAGCAAGUAUGGAACGAAGAAGCCCAAGAAGGCGACGGUCAGCUAG